AUGCGACGUGACGCUGUUCUGAACGUUCGCAAGCGUCGUGCCAUUGCAGCUGCUACAAUGGCUUCGCCUUUAUCUUCUGGAGAUGAUGGUAUUUUCGAGCGCCUGCAGCAGCGCCAGGACCCGAAGGUCGCCGAAGAGCAGCAGAAUGCCCUGAACGAGCGAACCCAAGCGAUCCUCCAGAAAGCUCAAUCGCAUCUCUCCUUUCUGAUCGACCAAAACUCAACCCUACCUUGUACCGUGUCCUCCGUCCAAGUCGUCAGCGCUCCAAACACUCGCAGAGGCUUCUUAAACCACAUCGUCAGCCCACUUUUGCAGGCUAAGGACCGUCCCCAAACUUUAUCCGAUAUCUUGCGGGAAGUGUCGGCUACUGCAGACACCUUGGGAAAAUUUGAUCUGUUCCAGCAGCCGAUUUCUGUUCACCUCGAUGCCUCCAACAGCAACGGCUUAGACGACCUUCGCAAUGUCGAUGUAAUUUUCGCAGCUCGGGAGAAAAGCCGUGUGCUUCUCAAGACUGGAACCGAUCUCGGCAAUGCAGAAGGCUCAGCUUAUGGCAACCUCCUGUGGCGCAAUGUAUUCGGUGGUGCUGAAACAUUGAAUGUGAACGCUUCCAUGGGCACUCGCACACGAUCUGCUUAUCAGGCCGCCUUUGAAACCCCACUCUUUUACGAUCCGAACUUCCGUUUCGAACUCGGAGGAAUUGCCAGUGCGACCCAAAAGUCGUGGGCAAGCCACGAAGAAGUGCUGAAGGGAGGCUGGGGCAAGCUUCGGUGGUUGUCUCAAUCUGGUCAUCACCACGAAUUGAGCUACAGCGGUGCUUGGCGACAGAUCACCGGUCUCGGCGAGAACGCAUCUCCUUCUGUGCGGGCUGAUGCAGGUGAUAGUGUGAAGAGCAGUGUGUCGCACAGCUGGGUAAACGAUAAGCGGGAUAAUCCCAUGUUGCCCGCACGGGGUUACUACGCGAAGGCCUUCAAUGAGCUUGCCGGAUGGGGUCCAUUGAAGGGAGAUGUCUCUUUUUGGAAGUCAGAAAUUGAAACACAGGGUGCUGUCCCAAUCCCUAUUCCAGGAAUCAAAGGGGACAGUGGCAUCAGCCUGACCACUGGUUUCCGCGCCGGCAUUCUGUACCCGCUAGGAGUGGACUCGAAGCCUCAGCCCCAGCUUUCUCGUAUCAAUGAUCGAUUCCUUCUUGGUGGUCCUACUGAUGUACGUGGGUUCCGCCUAUGCGGCUUGGGUCCUCGCGAGGGGUCUGAUGCGCUCGGCGGUGAUGUUUAUGCUGCCGGAAGCGCAAACCUUCUGCUUCCACUGCCCCGUCUGGGCGCCGAGAAGCCAGUUCGAUUGCAAGCCUUUGUGAAUGGGGGACGACUCCUGCCGCUACAAACAUCCCAGAAUAAACCUCCCGCCACUAGUGGAGAAGUCCAAGAUGCAAUGAUCUCAACUCUCUCAGAGCUGCAGAACGGCCUGCCUAGUGUUGCAGCUGGCCUGGGUCUCGUGUACGCCCACCCGGUCGCUCGGUUUGAACUCAACUUCUCCUUACCAAUUGCUAUUCGUAAGGGCGAAGAGGGUCGUAAGGGUCUUCAGCUAGGGAUUGGCAUCAAUUUCCUUUAG